AUGGGCAGGAUGAAUUCGGCUAUGGUGAUCGUCGUGAUGGGUGUAUUGGCCAUUGCGAGCUGUGCCCAGGCUCAGCUUAGCCUAGGGUUCUACGGCCAAAGCUGCCCCAAUGCCGAGAAGAUUGUGCUGGACUACGUAAGAAGUCGCAUACCUAAAGCGCCAUCUCUCGCUGCUGCACUCAUCAGGAUGCACUUCCACGACUGUUUCGUGAGGGUAUGUAUUCAAUCCUCCUCCUUCCUCCCUCCUUCCUCAUCUUGCUCCCUCUCCCUCCUCCUGCCUUUCUUCUCCUCCUUUCUGUAAUUUCUUCCUCCUUGCUCAUCUUCGGUCCUCUUCUACUGUCGUGGAUACCGCUAACGCUCGAGUGAUCUCCACGUCUCAGGGAUGCGAUGGUUCAGUCCUUCUCAACUCUACGAAGAUCGCUAAUGCCAGCCAGACGGAGAAAGUUUCACCGCCGAACCUCAGCAUCCGCGGCUUCGGCUUCAUCGACGGCAUCAAAGCCCUCAUUGAGAAGGAAUGUCCCGGUGUGGUCUCCUGUGCCGACAUCGUUGCUUUGGCGGCCAGGGACUCCGUCGUAACCAUAGUGAGUAGUAGGAACGUCUUCCAUUACACUUUUUAACAGUUUAAACUCAACCUGGAUCAUCGAAGUCAACCUCCUACUUGGUCAGUAUCGCAAAGUAUAACAUGAAAAACAAUAAGAUAUAAUACAUAUAAGCUCAUUGUACAUAUAAGUUAAUCCAUUGAUUAUGCGAUAAUUGCGGCGAUUAAAGGUGUUGUGAUCCUCUUCAAACAGGGUGGCCCAUCUUGGAGCGUGCCGACAGGGCGCAGGGACGGGACGGUCUCCAACUUCACCGAGGCCUUGUUCAAUCUCCCACCUCCCACCUUUAACUUCGCGAACCUUACCGUUGCCUACGCCAGCAAGGGUCUUAACAUCACCGAUCUCGUCCUCCUCUCCGGUGGGUUCUCCUCUUCCUCAUCCUCCUCCGUCGUCGUCGCCAUCUUUCAACAAGGAUGCUCUGAACGGGGUCACUAACAAUCUCUCUGCUUUCGGCUCCACAGGAGCUCACACUAUCGGCGUCGGCCACUGUACCUCCUUCUCUAACCGCCUCUACAACUUCACCGGGAGGGGCGACCAGGACCCGGCCCUCGACAGCAACUACGCCGCCAGACUGAAGCAGAAAUGCACCUCCCUCGCCGACAACGUCACCAUCGUCGAGAUGGACCCAGGGAGCGUUAGGACCUUUGACCUCGGCUACUACUCUCUCCUGCUCAAGAGGAGAGGGCUCUUCCAGUCGGACGCCGCCCUCACUACCAACGCCGCCGCGAAGGCCUUCAUCACUAAGCUCGUCUCCAGCCCUCCCGAGGUCUUCUUCCAGCUAUUCGCCGGCGCCAUGGAGAAGAUGGGGCGGAUCGAAGUGAAGACCGGGUCAGCGGGUGAGAUCCGGAGAAACUGCGCCCUGGUCAACUAA